CUCGAGCGGCAUUAUUGUGCGUUUGAAGCGAUGAAGGAAGGGUUUGGCGAGAGCGCUGGGAUGGACGGCGCUGUUGCCGCGGAGCUCGCCUCCGUGCUGCCGCGCGUCCUCAUCGUCUCCAGGCGCACCGUCCGCAAGAACAAAUUCGUGGAUUUCGUUGGAGAAUACCAUCUGGAUUUGAUCGUCAGCUAUGGGGCGGUUCCAGUCAUUGUUCCACGAGUUUCCGGAUUAAACUCGCUCCUCGACAGCUUCGAGCCAAUCCACGGCGUGCUACUGUGCGAGGGUGAGGAUAUCGAUCCCACUCUGUACGACAGUGAUGUCUCGGCCUUGACACCCGAGGACGUGGAUGAGAUCAAGCGAACGCACACCAGUGACAUUCUCAUCGACCGGAACAAGGAUUCGAUCGAGCUCCAGCUUGCUCGCCGGUGCCUCGAGAGAAACAUUCCAUAUCUCGGGAUUUGCCGCGGUUCCCAGGUACUCAACGUUGCAUGUGGAGGAUCACUCUAUCAGGACGUUGAGAAGGAGCUUUCAGGCAAAAGCAGCGUCCAAGUCAAACAUAUCAACUACGAUGACUAUGACGGACACCGACACCCUGUGAAAGUUGUCCAAGGCACUCCUUUGCACGACUGGUUUGAGAAAUCGCUUAGCAAUUCCGAAGACAAGUGUCUUCAUGUGAACAGUUACCAUCACCAGGGCGUGAAGAGAUUAGCUCGAAGGUUCGAACCAAUGGCUUUCGCUCCAGACGGGCUAGUAGAAGCGUUUUUUGAUCCGGACGUGUACAAUCCCGCGGAAGGAAAGUUCAUCGUUGGCCUCCAGUUUCAUCCGGAGCGUAUGAGACACCCUGAGAAUGGCGGAUCUGAUUCGGAUGGAGCUCUGCUGGAGAACGAGUUCGACUACCCGGGAUGUCAUCGUGCUUAUCAAGACUUUGCAAAGGCUGUGAUAGCAUAUCAAAAGAGGCUACUAUCUCCUAAGAAAGCGAAAGAACUUGUCAAGCUCGACGGCGACAUGGAGAAGCAGAGGCAAAAGCUGAUUCGGAGCUUCUCGCUGGCCAAGCACAUAUACGAGGAGGAGCAAGUUUGCAAGAUGAGGAGCGAUGGCAAAACUCCUCAGCUGAGCCGUGUCAAGAGCAGCCGUGACUUGGAAGCAGGCGCGGAGUUUCUACAGUUCAAUGAAUUCGAGCAAAUGGAGAGGCUCAAGCAAAUGGGAGCCACAGUAAGAAACUCGACCAUUCUUUUAGAGAGGCUCCAGAGAUUCAAGCAGCGUCGCUCGGCUGCCAAGUCGAUGAUGGAAUCGAUGAAGACGUCGGAUCUAACGGAGCUACACGAGUUCUACAAGAUGAUGGUAGAACUAGGAGACGAAGUCUUGGGAACUAGAGCAAACACUGCGUAACCAUGGACGACCGGGAGGUAUUGUGUGUAAACGUCUAAGUUGGGUCGUGCUUAAAUUCAAUCAAAAAAAUAAAAAGGAGUGAUCAGUUUCAAGA